GAGAAGGAGGGGAGCUCGUCCUCAGCCUGGGACACAUCAGGACGUCCUAAUGAAAAACAGAACGCCUCGGGCCUGCAAAUCAUUCUGCACUGACAACAAGUAUUCUGUCUGUAAUUGAAGCUCCUGCAGCAGCUUAUUUAAAAUAGAGCUAUGUAGACUCUUAGAGAAGAGGGAGGUAAGCGUUUAUGAUAACAGGUAAUGAUUUUACAACUCACUGAGUGUGCAGUUUGGACGUCCGGAAGUUGGACCCCCAGAGCAGAUGAGAUUACUCUUUUAAAAUGAGCCAACUUAAACUGCUCGAUGACAAACAGCAUUUCUUAUCCAUCUUCAUCACCAUGUUGGCCCUGCUGUGCUCCAGCCGAGCCUUACCGAGGACGGACCCUCCCAUCCAUCCCGGCCACCCCUUCCAGUUCAUGUGGAAUGCCCCGACCGAGCUCUGCUAUAUCCGCUUCAACAUGCCACUCGACCUCUCCCACUUCCAGUUUAUCAGCAGCACACUGAAGACGGCGACCAACCAGAGCAUCUCCUUAUUCUACACCGACCGCUUCGGCAUCUUCCCCUAUGUGGACGAACACACCGGCAAGAUAUACAACGAGGGCCUGCCGCAGCUGAUAGACCUGCAGCAGCACCAAGAGCUGGCCGAGGAUGACAUCAAGUACUACAUCCCUGCCGACCAGCCGGGCCUCGCUGUGCUCGACUUUGAGGAGUGGAGGCCACAGUGGAUCCGAAACUGGGGCAGCAAAGACAUCUACAGACGGAUUUCCAUUGAAACGAUCAAGGAGAAGAACCCAACGUUGACCAAUGCCGAGGCGGAGGACCGGGCAAGGAUUGCUUUCGAACGCGCAGCCAAGAGGUACUUCCUCCAAUCCGUCCGCGUGGGUAAGAGGAUGAGGCCCAGCAGACUCUGGGGCUACUACCUGUUCCCUGACUGCUACAAUUACAACUUCAAAAAGGACAUGGCGGGCUUCACCGGAGAGUGUCCUGCAAUCGAGAAGAAAAGGAACGACGAACUGAUGUGGCUCUGGGGAGAGGCCACAGCGCUCUUUCCAUCUAUCUACCUGGAGCAGUUGCUUAGAGACACCCAGCAGGCCCGGCAGUUCGUCCGGCAUCGCAUCCGGGAGGCCAUGAGGGUGUCGAUGCUCCCCAACAGCUCCUACUCCAUCCCCGUCUUCCCCUACAUCCGGCCCUUGUACAAGGACACCACCGACAAAUACAUGUCAGAGUUUGAUCUGGUGAACACCAUCGGAGAAGCUGCUGCUCUCGGCGCCGCUGGUGUUAUUUCCUGGGGAGACAUGAAGGUUCCCGAGUCCGAGGACUCUUGCUUCGAUGCUCGACGCCACCUGGAGCAGGUCAUGAACCCGUACAUCCUGAACGUCACCACGGCAACACAGCUGUGCAGCAAGGCGCUGUGCCAGGGCCGAGGGCGCUGUCUGAGGAAGCACUGGGACGACGACGUCUUCCUCCACCUCGACCCGCGCCGCUACCGGAUCGAGCAAAAAACGCGUGGAGGCCCGCUGGCUGUGAGCGGCGGCCUCUCGCAGGAUGACGUCAACUGGUUCGACCGCAACUUCGACUGCAUGUGCUACGGCAAGGAACCCUGUCGAUUGGUCCUGACCAUCAACGUCAUCGACGAGACCCACACGGAAUUGUAAUAUAUAUAUAAAUUAAUAUAUGUGCUACAUAUAAAGUAAAAACUUAUAUUUACAUUUAUUACAAGGCUUUGUUGAAUACUCGAUUCUGAUUGGUCAAUCACAGCACUCUACGGCCUGUUAUUUCCAUAUAGCAGACCGUUGCCAUGGGGGGAGUUCAGAUCAUACUCUGGAGGACCAUUUUCAAAUCAAUAAAAUCAUUUCUAUCAAUAUUUUGUGUCAAAUUAUAGAUUUCUUUAGUAAGUAGCCGUGUAAAAAGCAACAACCCCUUCAGAUUUGUCUCACGGUCCAGCAUCACCCUGUCGGGGUUUAAACUUAUAAUAAUAACCGGCUCGUUCGGUAAUACCCUUACAUGUUGUCGCUGUCGGGCAGAAACCUCUCAUCUCCAUGUUUCGUCACUUCAGUUUUUGUUCAUAAAUCAAUGCUAUUGGUCACCCUUUGUCUGUCUGUGCGUUUUACAAAAAAUUUAUUAGUGACGAGGCGAUUGUAUCUGACUUUAUAUUUCCUUGCUAUUACUGAUAGUAUGUAGUAUGUAUUACAUUCCAUUUAGCUUACUAUUUAGCUGACUCGUCCCAACUGGGAUUUGAACUCUGGUCUCUGGUGGGAGUGUCAGUGGUCUUUCCUGCUGAGCAAUCAAUCAAUAUAUGUUGAUGAUAUUAAAUAUGUGCAAUAGGGAUGUAACGAUACACUCAACUCACGAUUUGAUGCGAUGCACAAUUUUAAGUUCCUCAUGAUUCUUCUAACAGAAUGAGCUUAAGACAAAUGGCUGAAAAAUAUUCCUUUAAAUUUAUAUAA